AUGCAAGCUGAGGAGAAUCCACAGCGCUGGGCUGGUGCAGAGCUUCUAGUAUGUGCUGUAAUCCAACUAUUGCUUGUAAAUGUAGCCUACCGUAUUGAUCGUAUGAAAAAAGCACCACUUCUAUCCACAUCGUCCUGGGCCAUUUUCUGUGGUCUAUUAAGUGGUGGUUUACUCACUCUCAUAUCAAAAGCGCAUGUACACGAUGCAGGAUUAAACCCGCAGAUUUUAUUCUUAGGCCUCCUACCACCAAUCAUCCUCGACGCGGGUUUUAACACACAGCGCAAAGGGUUUUUUGACAAUUUCUUUGCUAUUUUACUGCUUGCAAUUGUUGGCACGUUGUUGGCGACGCUUGCUACCGGUGGUAUCUUGUUCUGGCUCGGUAACUUGGGUAUUAUCACGCAAUUGACGUUGGUUGAGGCUUUUCUCUUUGGAUCUCUUAUCUCUGCUAUCGAUCCAGUGGCUACAUUGGUUGUAUUCAAGAAAUGCAAAGCACCUUCCAUGCUAUUUAACCUCUUGUUUGGAGAAAGUGUGCUGAAUGAUGCAGUAGCUAUUGUCAUGUUUACGUUAUUUCAAAAGCUGGUUGAAAGUGGCAAUUCGGACAUUAAUUUACAUGUAGCCAUGUUCAUGGUGUUUAAACUGCUGAGUAUUGGCAUUGGUUCGGUCGCUCUAUCUGGAGCCAUAUGCUACUCGUCUGCCUACUUCUUACGCCAUUCGGAUCCAGCUUUGCGGCAACACUCAAUAUACGAGAUGUCAAUUAUUCUGCUUACCUGCUACGCCAGCUAUUUAGCGGCUGAUCUAUUUGAGCUCAGUGGACUACUGGCAGUGUUUUUUAGUGGCGUUUUUAUCCGACACUACCACAUGUACAGCAUUUCAAAGGCCAGUGCGUUCGCUUUCAAACAGUUGCUUUCGACAAUGUCGUUUUUGGCCGAAAACUUCAUCUACUUGUAUCUUGGACUAAGUGUCUUUGCAUACCGAGAUUCGCUUGUUUGGGAAUGGAGCUUUAUUUUUGCAAACUUUGGUGCGUGUCUUAUGGCAAGAGCACUUAGCACAUUCCCUUUAUGUUUUCUGGCCAACUGCAAACGUUCAGAGCAACAAAAAAUUCCAUUCAAGUAUAUGAUCGUCAUGUGGUUUUCGGGGCUGCGUGGUGCCAUUGCCUUUGCGCUGGUGCUUAAUGUGUCGACGGCCAACCCUGUCCACGCGGCAAUUCUCAAGAGCUCAACACUUUUCCUGGUGCUAUUUACGACUGUCUUCUUCGGCAUGGCCACAGGGCCACUACUACGUGUGCUAGAUCUCACGGGAGGUUCUCGGCCUGGACGGCAAGUGACUGUCAGCGAAGACGUUUACACCGCCGAGAGUACCGAGAAACAGCCGCUCUUGAGACCGUCACUCUCCCCAUCCCGGUCUUGGAGUGUACAUAGCAGAUGGGUUGAGCUCGACGAGAAGUACCUCAAACCUGUCUUUGGUGGUAAGCCUCGUCCAAGAAACGACACCAACCAAGCGACGCACUCGCCGACUGAGACUGAGCCAAGUGCAAUUUAA